UUGUCCAUUAUCAAUGAACUUCUUAGGAAAGCAGGCUUAGCUAAAAGAGCUUUAAAAGAAUAUUAGAAGAAUUUAACACCAAUGUCCUCCUAAGCAUGUAUUAAAUUAUUUUAAGACGAUCUAACAGUCUAUCAACUUCACUUUAAAGCUCACUGUAAAUCUUCUGCUCAUAUUAGGACCAUUAAAAAUAACAUUUUAAAAACAUUUUAGUGAGUUUAACCAGUUUUUGGCUCCACAAUCACCACCACGUAGGCCAGUCAAGUUUCAGUGAACACAUUGAAGCUCUUUAGGUAAAAAUCUGUGCAUAAACAAUUUUAUUAUUCCCUGCAGAUUCUCUGCGAGGCUUUUCCUGUUAGUCAGUAAAUACCUCAGUAUGAAUAGAUAGUUUCAAAGUCUUGCCGUGUCUUUCAGCCUGAUAUAUCUCUGGAAAGUUUUGCAUUUUUCUCGUGGCUGAUCACUGUCUUCAGGGGCCAUUAGCUUGUCAUAUCUCCAUCUGUGGCCUCAUGCUCUGUACAGCAGCCUUCGCAUUCCUCAGUUGGCACCGGCUGAUGAGCCGCUGGUGUAUCUGCUCCUCCUUUUAGUUGCUAGUAAAUCGCUGCUUACUGUAAUUUUCAUACAGACAAAAUGUGGCUGCAGAGAAGCUUCUCAAUUCUGAAGCAUCAAAUUGUAAUCUUGGCGAGUACGUUGACCUGACUGUCAAUUUCUUGCUCACAAAUGACUGAUACGCAAAUGUGCAAAGAACUUAAACAUUACAAAUGACAGAUUUUAACUUUCAUUUUAUAUUCAUUCAAACAUAAUAGUGUAUUUGGCCUAUUUUCAGACACGCAAACACUUUGUUAUAUUAAUUGAUAUCUUUUCCAAGUUCUUGUGGAGUGGACAAAACAUGAAUGAAUGUAAUCUGUAUUAAAUGUGAUGUUGUUUUUAGGAGAUGUGCUUGUUGAUUUGUUGGUAUUUAUCAUUUCCAGGCUCCUGAAAGAAAAGAAAUACCUUCUAUGUUAUUCAUGCCAUAGCCACUGAUGUCACAUUUCCUGUGUUUUUUCAGCUGUUAGUGGAUAUCAGGCUAGAAUGAUUAUUACUGACUAUAACAGCCCAUGUUUGGAAAUUUAAUCCUCUUCCUCCUUUAUAUCAGAUAUUUUGGCAUAUAAUUAUAGGUGGGUACAGUUUGAUUUGUACAACAAAAUGAACAUUAUGUAACACAAGGAAGCAUGACACAAAAAAAGAAAACCAUGAGUCACUGGCCCUGACAGCGAGGCAUCCGGUGGUAAUGGUUUGGGUCCUUUGUGCCAUGAUGCCUGGUUUCUACAGAUGUGAUGCUGGUGCCUGGUUAUACCAGCCCACAUUUCUGCAGGUUUAAGAACUGAGUAUAACAUUGAAUUAAGUGGCAAAACGUCAUGUUCAUAAAUCCAUGUGAUGAAAAUUAUAGUGGACAAAAUCUGCAAAUCAUCUGUGAGUUUCUUGCCAUAACCCCUCCCUUAGUUACUUACUUCAGUGGGUCCAAAUCUGGGCCCAGCAAUUUUGUGGUGCAGUACUUGUGCCAGCUUUUUGGCACCAGCGCAGGUCUUUUUUUUUUUACUGGAAAUGCAAACAGCUGGUUCUAGAUUUGGCACUGGCACUGGAUUGGUGGAAAAAAAGGUUGCAGGAGGAAAUUAAGGUUGAGCGCACAUCAAUACAUACUUGUUCUGAAAGAUCACUUUUAACUGUGUUCUCUUCCAGAACAACAAUGCCUUCAUCCGCAUGAAUCAAUAGUGGCUUAAAAGUGUUGUGAAUCAUGUGAUAUGGCCUUUAAAGUCAUUUUUAAGAGGUACUCACUGAUGCUGUGGUCCAAACCAAAACAAAGGUACUUUAUGUUGUUUUCUUCUUUACCCAUCCUUAUAUGCUAUUGCUGUAUUUUUGCAGUAUUUACAGCUUUAAAAGUUAUUUUUAGACUUCUCUUCAUUAAAUAGCCUGGAAUACUACUGGUCAGUUGUUUUUCCAACAAAACCACUGAAAACAAAAAUUCUACUGAAAUCAUGUGUAAUAGCUUCAUCCAGGAUUCAGGACCUCUUUGUUUCUUAAAUUAAGCCAGUGUUUGUAUUGCAAUCUAACACCACAACUCCACUUACUGCUGCCCCAAAAUUAACUGGAGACUUCUUCUGCCCUGCUGAAAAAAAGCGAAGCAGUUUUAGCAGCAUAGGUCGCCAAAAUAGCAUCAUGAAUAACUCCCAAGUGCCUUUUUUGUUUCAUUAUUAAUUAAGUGAUUUGUGUAUUUUUAGUGUAAUUGCUUACUUUCAGCACUUAUUUAUUAAUGAAUAUAAUUUAUUUAAGUGGCUCAGCUGGAUUACCUUUCCUCCUCAUAUUAAACAAUAUAAACUGAUACAUUUGUUUGUCUAACAGAUGUUCACAAUGAUUAAAAUCAAGUGGUGCUUCGGGCAUAGAGUGGAGUCUGCACGGGUGGAGGCCAAGUUAGAAUCUGGAAGAGAUCAUGGUCAAGUAGUUGCUAGUUUGAUUUUGUGUGCUGACGCUGGUUACAAAGAAUCAAUAUCGAAUCAAGGAGGGUUGAGUUUCUAGAUAAGCGUUCUCGGCCACUCUGGCUAUUCAUCAUAAGUCUGUAGAAACCUGAUAGGUCAGAAGAAAUUAUAUUCGAGCAAGAGUGGGGCCUCCUUAUCUCUCUAUAGCAGGGGAAUAGGAGACAUGCCGAUCAAUACCAGGCUGUUGUGUAGUACUUGCAAUUAUCAACAGCUGAUUCUGUCGUCCCCCAGCUGCAUCUUUUAAUACCACAUAAUUACAAGUUUGGGGACAAUGUCUGGUGAAAGGGGAUUACAGCUUUGCUGAAGUAUGCUUCAUUCUUCUCUCGGCUUUGAAAUAGCUACAGUCUGUGGAAGGGUUUCAAAUACAUUUUAUUAUACACCUCAUACUCUUGCAUACUUUCUUUUUUAAAGGAUUUUUUAAUUUAUCGAUAACUGAGCUGCAUUUAAGUUUAAACUCUGGUCUGUAUUGGCUCUUAUUAUGUCAACCAACCGGUAAAACAUAUAUACAAGCUACAAAAAAGGUGUAUUCAGCCUAGUUUUAUUUUCAAACUGAGCUCAUCUGGGUUUAUCUUACACACUUCCCUGAUGCUCACUCGAGGGAGGAUUUCUUCUCCGACACAUUUUUCAGUCUAUUAUGGCGCCAAAUUGUGGGAGGUCGUAACAAAUGAAGCAAGGGCUCCAACACCUCCUGUGGUAUCCUGGCAGUAGCCUAUCGCAGGCGGCUGAAGGGCAUCUAAUGAUGGACCGGAGGCGGAGGCAACAAGGAGAGCGCCGGUAGCUCGGAUAAACCAGGGAGUCUCACUUCCGACAGUCACCAGUGUAAGAUCGGAUCUACGUACGACCUGAGUGAGAUUUUUACGCACAAAGUUUGACUUUACGCACGUAUCCAAUCCUGCGAAAUCUGAUCUGUUAGGGAGUUACCUCUUCCGUCGCGUUGAUUCUGGGCUUGAGGCAGUUUUAGGUGUUCAGCCUAUUUUCUCUGAGGGUGCUCCUGCUAGUGUUACGCUUUUGCCGCGAGUGUGUGUGAGGGAUUCAGCUGGGACAUCGAGCCAUCCACCUCCCGAGGAGUCAACUCAAAGUGGAAUGUCUAAGCCAAUCCAAGAGCUGAGAAAGGAAAUAAAACAAUCUUAGACUCAAACGGACUAUCUAAAGAUGCAGCAUUUGACCACAGAGUUAAAACCAAGACCGUUCCAAAACGCUUAAGACUCUCAGGAGUUCAGAUCGGACUAAACCAUGUUGGCUGCUCGGAGAUGUGCGUAAAAUCAGCCGCACACCGGACAGGAAGUGAACUAAUUAUUAUUAAACACCAUCCCUCAUUUCCAUAUCUACCGUGAGUUGGCUGGACGGCAGCCAAUCACCCAUCGAAAGGCAGCUAGAGUCGUAAAAGCAUUAUCCUUCCUCCAUCAUAAUUACACUGACAUGCGCAAUCUGCACUCGGGCAUCAACACCAUCCUCCGAUCUCUUAUUUCACCGAACCCGCUCUCCACGAAGCGUCCCAUUCGCUGCUUGUAGAUGAUUCGGCGAAAGGCAGCAGCGAGGCGCACAAACAGAUCAACAUGUCCCGGCGAAAGCAAGCCAAGCCGCAGCACCUCAAGUCAGAUGAGGAGGCGAUACAGACCGGACUGCUCUGCAAUAAUGGGAUUUUGGCUGGCAUGGAGCGAGAGAAGGCCAAUGAAGACAGUGAGGAAACACACAUCUGUGAUAAAUGCUGUGCUCAGUUCUUCACUUGGACCAAACUGUUAGAGCACCACAAAGUCUGCACUGAGGAUCCCUUGGUGCUGAUAGUGAAGGACAGCGAGGGGAUGCCUGCACCAGAGGAAUCUCCUGUCGGGCCGUCUCCAGUUCCCAGCGUAGCGUCCAGUGACUCAUCUGCUGCAGAGUCCACGGAUGCCGGCUUUGAGCUGGGAGAAACACUGGUAAAUGACAACGACAGUCUGGAUAAUUUGGAGGAAGGGAGGGAGCAGGAUGAAGCUAUGGAGCUUGAACAUUGCCCACAGGACAAAUACACUACAACGCCUAGCCCCCAUCCCCCGGAUUCAGCUGAGUCCACUCCUUCCCAGAUGUCUGCAGCUGCCAGCUACAGCAUGCCGAGCACCAACGUGACACUUGAGAUCCUUCACAGCACCAGGGUGGCUGUUGCCCAGUUUUCCCAGGGGAUCAAUAGCAGCGGUCCAGGAGGGAAGGCCGCUUCAGCAGCUAUCCCGGUGAUCCUGGAACACCUGCUAGCUCUGCAGCAACAACAGGUCCACCAGCUGCAGCUUAUAGAGCAGAUCUGCAGCCAGGUAGCUGUCAUGAACAGACAACCAACACAAGCAGCAUUAAACCCAGUCUCCAGGUCCCUGUCUCUGGCUCCUAACCCUUUCCCCUCACAAGGCAUCAUCCCUCCUCCCGUCCUGCCACUGUCAGGAACGAUUCCCUCCGCCAUUAACGGACAGGCGGCUGUUUCUUUGUCUUCUGUGCUUGAAAAGUCGCAAACCCUGCCCUCACAAACUAUAUGUGGACAGCCCACAUUUAAGGAUGUCACAUGUACCUCAGCCUCCUCAGAAAACACGACCCCAUCUCUCUCCAGCUGCAGCAGCAGCAGCAUCUCCACGUUGCUGCCUCCUUACACAGGCUCACACACCAGCAGUGUUAGCAGUACUCAGACACUGAGCUCCUCCAGCCCCAUUUCGCUGGCACAGAGCAGUCUACUCAGCUCUUCUUCUAGCCUGCCAUUUCUACCUCAGAGCCCCCCCAGCAGCGUCAUUUUUCCCAAUCCCCUGGCUAGCAUUGCCGCCACAGCUAAUGCACUUGACCCUCUCGCAGCCUUGAUGAAGCACAGGAAAGCGAAACUGCCUAAUGUGUCCUUGUUCGAAACGAAGCCCAGCCCAGAGGAGCCCUUCUUCAAGCAUAAAUGCAGGUUCUGUGCCAAAGUGUUUGGCAGCGACAGUGCUCUGCAGAUCCACCUGCGCUCCCAUACAGGAGAGCGGCCCUUCAAAUGCAACAUCUGCGGCAACCGAUUUUCUACAAAGGGGAACUUAAAGGUGCACUUUCAACGGCACAAAGAGAAGUAUCCUCAUAUUCAGAUGAACCCCUUCCCAGUGCCAGAAUAUCUGGAUAAUGUGCCAACAAGUUCUGGGAUUCCCUAUGGAAUGUCCAUCCCUCCAGAAAAACCUGUCUCCUCCUGGCUGGAUAGCAAGCCGGUUGUAGCAACUCUGCCAGCCACUCUGGGUCUUCCGCUUUCCUCCACUAUUACUAGUAUCGGCGGCUCAAAUGACCCUGUAAGUGUAACACCAUCUGUUAAAUCUUCCUAUGAGCCAGCUCCUGGUGAAUGUGUAUCUGUGUCACCUAACCACAGAGGCAGCGAGGCUCGUUUCUCUCCCGUUUUAGAAGCCUCCAGUGUGCUGAAAACAGAGGGGGUGCACCUGCCCCAGAGCUGCACCAGUAAUCUGAGACCCAACCUUGCCUCUGAAACAACCAGCACCACCAUCCCAUCUGUGACCACCACACCUGAACCCAUCGCCUCAGCAUCUCCUGCCUCCAACUCUCCUUCUCUCUCAUUAAACUCAGACGAAAUAAGACUCUCAUCGUGUGGCCUCCUGGAUUCUAUGCAAACAUCUGAGACCUCAAAGCUUCAGCAGCUGGUGGAGAAUAUUGACAAAAAGAUUACAGAUCCCAACCAGUGUGUCCUCUGUCACCGUGUCCUCAGCUGUCAGAGCGCGCUCAAGAUGCACUAUCGCAUCCACACAGGCGAAAGACCCUUUAAAUGCAAAGUGUGCGGCAGGGCUUUCACCACCAAAGGAAACCUGAAGACUCACAUUGGCGUUCACCGAGAAAAUCUCCCAGUGCAGGUGCAACACUCGUGUCCCAUUUGUCAGAAGAAGUUCACCAACGCUGUUGUUCUUCAGCAGCAUAUCCGCAUGCACAUGGUUGGGCAGAUUUCAGAGUCAGCCGCGGUGGACAGGCUGCAGGAGGUGGACAGCAACGUGUCUUUCAAUGAGAACAACUUUGACAGCCUGAGCAGCAAUGGCAAUGACCUCAUUGAUGAUAUUUCAAUGGAAGAGGAUAAUGAGGAUGGUGAAGAGGAAGUGGAAAAUAUGGAGGAAGGCGUAUAUACAUCUAAACCCUUAAUCUCUGAUUGUAAUUCUCCCCCCAAGUCUUUAGCCAUUGUGUCAAGUAUAGCAGCUCUGGAGAGACAAAUGAGAAUGAUUGACUCUGCUGUAAGCCUAAACCAGUCAUUUGGUACAAAACCCCUAACUAAUGGUUUUAAAGACAGCAGCCAGCUCAAUAUUGAAGGCGCUUUAUCAGAGAAAAGGGUGGAGAACUGUAGUGAAAACAGCCCACAUGUGUCCGAGUCCUCCUGUUCGCCUUGUGUAUCAGCGUCUCCCUUUCAAAGCAACUCAGAAAGCAUGACGAUCAAAUCACCGGCAGUUGACAACAGCAGGCCAGAAUCCCAGGAGCCUUUGGCAGCCUCAGUGAAGAGAGAGCAAUUUGAGUCUCCUGCCUCUGCACCGGCAGCUGCCCAAGAGCCGAGAGGAACACAGCCCGGCAAACUAUGUGUGAAAGAGGAGAUGCCUUACACUAUGUCAUUCCAGCUGAGCAGAGAGAGAGCUGCAGGUCAAAGUAUUCCAAGCCUGAUUACCAGCACUUCAUCGGGCUUGAUAAAAACUGAGGUGAAUGGUCACAGUCAACCGAGCACCCCGAUGGAAGGGCACCAUCCUCCGUUUAGCAUCCACAUCACCCCAGCGUAUCCGUCAGUUGGUAGCCCAGGUAUGACCUCCCUGCUAGGCCCUGCGCCUCCUCGGCGAACCCCAAAGCAGCACAACUGCAAUGUCUGUGGGAAGAACUUCUCCUCAGCCAGCGCCCUGCAGAUCCACGAGCGGACUCACACCGGAGAGAAACCGUUUGUCUGCUCGAUCUGUGGUAGAGCUUUCACCACAAAAGGCAAUCUGAAGGUUCAUAUGGGAACUCACAUGUGGAACAAUGCACCGGCAAGGAGAGGCCGGCGGCUUUCUGUGGACAACCCCAUGGCUUUGCUGGGUGGAGAGGCAGUGAAGUUUGGAGAGAUGUUUCAGAAGGACCUGGCAGCUCGAGCCAUGAAUGUAGACCCAGGAUUCUGGAACCGUUACGCGACAGCUAUCACCAACAGCUUGGCCAUGAAGAACAACGAGAUCUCGGUGAUCCAGAACAGAGGCAUCCCUCAGCUUCACCCCCUCUCGGCAGGCAUGGACAGAGUGAGCACCGCAGGAGGUCCAAUUACCAGUCUAACCAAGACAGGCAUCGACCUGGGAAACAACAGACAUUUUUCUCUGCUGAUUGAUGACAGUAAAGAAAUUGGAAUCAAUUGAAAAAAAAGACAAACGUUGUGAAAUUAUGCAAGUUAUUAUGGACAUUAAAAUAUUUGUAAAACA